AUGGUAAAAGUCCCAUUUUCUCCAACCAUUAGUGUAGAUGAAAUCGUAUUAAUUCGUUUAAAAAAUGGCAUUAAGAAUGUUAAUCAAACUAUGAAUGCAUUUAUGAUUUCAGAUGAAUCUUGGAAAAACGAAUCCAUUAAUGUCAAAGACUAUUACAAACAGAUGUCUAGUAAGGUUAAGGAACGUUAUAAAAUCGUUACUACUCCUUAUUUCGUUAGCAAAUUUGGAACAAACCAAGUUGCUACAAAUGAAAAUCAUGUAUCUCUAGAAAUCAAUCCUCUAUGGAACAGACCUCACCAGGAAUUAUUCAUUCCACUCAUCAAUUUGUGA